AUGACAAUCAGAGAGUUCGAUGAACUCGUCCUUGAUGGGAGUAACUAUCCAAUUUGGGCUUCGGAUAACAAGAUAAACUUUGCUUUUCGUGGGAUUAGUAAGGCAAUUGAGGACCCCAUCGAUGGGUACCCGCCAGUUGAUGACAAGAAGAAAAUGAUUGCUAUUUUCUUCCUUCGGCUCUAUAUCCAUAAAGACCUCAAACAUGAGUACAAUUUAGAGAUAAAAGCUCUCAAAGAGCGCUAUGAUCAACAAAAGGAACUCAUUUGGACUGAGGCUAAUUUUGAGUGGUCUCAACUACGCCGGCAGGAUUUUAAAACUAUGGCAAAAAAACAUCAUGAGCUUUCUCUCAAGAAUGCUCAACAGCGCCCUCCUGGUUCUACACUUCUGGCUGAGGUUCACUUCAAUGCUAAGUAUAAUGCUAAUAAUACAAAAGGAUUCAAGGGAAAUUCUUUGAAUGAUCCCAAGAGUUCAACCAAAAAACACAAAAACAAUAAUAGGCGCAAAUUCAAGGGUCGAAAGAAGGGAAACGACAAGGGAAAGGCACCACAAGCCCGUCACAAUAACAAUAAACAUUGCAACAGGUGUGGAUCUGACUACCAUGUCGCUAAAGAUUGUCGUAUCCCAAACCAUCUUGUCCUCCUGUAUCAGAAAUCCCUCAAGGAGAAAAAGUCAUCUGAGGAACUAAGAUAUAAAGCUCACUUCAAUCUUACAAAUGAAGCUAGACCAGAGGUUGGAAGUUCUCAGAAGGCUCCUAUUGAACCAGAGAAUAAUCUCGAUCUUCCACCAGAAGACAUUGGUCCACUUUCUUCGACAGAUGACAUGCUCAUUGAGUUUUGCUCAAUGGAUCCACUUGGAGAUUUACAGUAA